AUGUCGACACAGAGCAAAGACAUCUCGGAGAGUCGCCGAGAUCACAUCCCUCGUGGUGAUACCACAACGACGUGCCCCUCUGACGACAUGGAGUUCACCCCAAAAGAGCAAAGGCAAAUCAUGCGCCGAGUUGAUGUCCGAGUUGUGGCCACUGUGUCGCUUCUGUAUUGCUUUUCAGUCAUUGAUCGCUCGAAUCUCCCAUCUGCUGCAGUUGCUGGCAUGACGGAUGAUCUAAAACUUACGGGCAAUCGAUAUUCAAUUGUUAGUCUCGUCUUCUUCACGACUUACACCACCUUUCAGCCAUUGUCGAUCAUCCUUGCUCGAACCAUUGGACCAAAGGCAUAUUUCACAGGCGUCACAAUGCUUUGUGGCUUCAUUGUAAUUGGAAUGGCUUUCCUGAAACAAUGGGGCCAAAUGGUUGCUCUUCGAGUGAUUCUCGGAGCGUUGGAUUCCGGUUUCUUCCCAACCUGCGUCUACUUGCUCAGCACUUGGUACACCCGAUACGAAGUUGGCAAGCGAUACUCAGUAUUUUACGUCUUGGUGUGUCUUGCUACUGCAUUUUCUGGGAUCCUCGCGUUCGGUCUUACCAAGCUGGACGGCAAGGGGAAUCUCAGCGGAUGGUCUUGGAUAUUCCUCAUGGAGGGCGUCAUCACAUGCUUUCUCGGCCUAAUUGGGUACUUCCUCCUUGUGGGAUUUCCCGAUGCAGACAGAACAUCAUGGCGGUUUCUUUCCCAGAGAGAGAUCGCGUGGGUAAUUGCCCGCGUCCAGCAAGACCGCGGAGAUGCAACCCUGCCGGCUUUUAGUAUCAGAAAGUUCCUCCGAGGUGGGACUGAUGCCAAAGUCUGGGCCAUUUCCUUGAUAUACUUCAACCAGGCGGUCAUGAACUUCUCUUUAUCAUUCUUCCUUCCAAUCAUCCUGAAGGAGAACAUGGGUUUCAGCACUGGACAGGCUCAGAUCCUCAUCGCUCCCCCUUACAUCUUUGCAGCGAUCAUAAUGUUCAUAUCCGGCUGGUUGGGAGACCGCUACAAGGUACGAGGCCCAAUCAUAAUUGGAGAUAUGAUCGUCGCUAUCAUCGGGACCAUCUUGGUAGGCUUCCACAGCCAUGUUGCCGUACGAUACGCCGGUGUCUUUCUCGUCACUGGAGGAUCGUUCUCUUCAAUACCAGUGGUUAUGGCCUAUCAAGCAAACAACAUUCGGGGACAGUGGAAGCGUGCCUUUUCAAGCUGUCUUACUAUCGCUUUUGGUGGCAUCGGUGGAAUCGCAGGAUCCCUGGUUUUCAGGUAA